AAUAAAUUUACAAUUUUAUACAUAAUAUAUAUGUAUAAUAUUUAUACAUAAUGUAUGAAUGUAUAAAUACAGAAUGUAUAAAAUACAGAAUGUAUGAAGAUAAAAAAGUAAAUUAUAUAUUUACAGUGCAAAAUGAAAAGUUAGAAUACACACAUACACACGCACGCACACACACACACGCGCGCACACAUGUGUGUGAUAUACACAUACGAUUGAAAUAUACACAUAUGAUUGAAUAUUAUUUUUAUGACUAUAUAUGCUUCAAAAUUUAAAAAAAUAUAUUUUCCAUUUAGCAAUUGUUUAAAAAAUAAUUCAUUGAUUUUAUAAGUAAAAUGUUCCGUCCAAAUAAAUCAUUCUUUAUCUCAUUGAAUAUUUUCUCUUCUCAACUGUAAAUUUCAAACAAAAGACGAUUAGUGAAGAGGGGGUUGGUAGUUGAAUUUGUCAGAUCGUGUUGAAUUUUUGGCUAAUAAGCAUAAUAUAUUACAUGUGUAUUAAACAAUAUUCUCGUUUAAACUGAUCAGCCAAGACAGCCGAUACGUUUAAUGCACAGGAGAACAACAAAGACGUGUCUGCUGCGGCGAUGCCAGAAAACGCGCAAACGGAAUCCGUUGUACCAAUGAUGUUCGACAACUUCGUGUUGAAACGGUGGCUUCGUUCCAUCGGACCAGUUCGCCGUUCUGAAGUGUUAAAAAAGCUGAAAACGAAUCUGGAAAAUCUAGGCUUAUCACGUAAACAGGUACACCGGGGGUUGAUGCAAUUAGCGACGAAACCACAUGUGGUUCUUACACGCCAACCACUCUACAGGAAAUGUGGAUUAAAAAAUUUAGAAAAUGAGAGAGAAAACAAAAUUGUUGACAAUUGUAGAAUGAUCGAUGUACAAAAAUUAAACAAUAUUGAAUGGAUUGUUGAACAAGGGGAUAAACAUAUCAAAAAAACGAAUAGCGUAAAAGUAUAUGAAGAUUCAUUAAUAAAAAAUAAUCGAGAAUUAUUCAUAGACGGUUGUAAAGUAGAAAUUCCACUAACAACAUUCCAUUCCUUUGAUAAGGCUUUAGAACAAUUUGACAAACUUGUUUCUUCAAAAAUGAACAUGCACGAAAAGUUGUCUAAUAGACGAGCUUCUGUUAUUGUAUCAACAGAUUCUGUAAUUAAAUCACAAAACAACACAUUUUCGAGUAAAAAAUUUAAUAAAAAUGAAAAUUACUUUACAUAUAUUGAAAAUAAAAAUUCUCGAAUACAAAAAAUUACUAAUUUAAUAUCUGAUAAAAUAGAUAGAGUACCUGCUACUAAAAAAAUUGAUAUAAAAUUAAACUUAAAAUCUUCUUCUGAUAAAAAAGAAAAUAAUUGUGUAAAAUCAGAGUCUUAUAAAGUAUUAAACACUUAUUAUAUAAAAUCGCAUAUUAAUAAAAAAUUAUGUAAUGAUAAGAAGACUAUGGAUGUUAAAGUAAAUAAUAUAUCAAGCAAAAAUAAAUAUUCGAUAGAUUAUAAAAUCGAAGAAAAUGCAAAAAAAAGAACGGUUUAUGAACCGGUAACCUCGGAUUCUACACAACGAAAAAAGAUUCGUACAUCAAUUGAUGAACAUAAAGAAAUUAAUAGAAAAAAGAGAAAAAAAUUAAAAAAUAAGUUUCGAGCAUAUUUCGGAGAAUGUAUAACUAUUAGUGAAGAUGAACAGGAACAAACUAUUUUACAAAACAGAUUUAAAAGAAAAAGAAAAAAAGAUUCUGCUGAUUCUAGUGAUUCUGGUGUGUAUAUUGCUGAUAAAAGUACGUCUUUACAAAUUAUAAAAGAUAUUCAAAAAACUAUAUCUAAUUCAAUAAUUUGUGGAAAAUUUAACGAAAAUUUAUCUGGAGAAACUAUUAUAAAUGCUAAUAUAGACUAUGAAUCAAAAGUCAUUGACAAUGAAAGUACUAAAACUAUUGAUUCAAUUGAAAAUAAAAAAAUAUCAAAGAUCAAACAAGAUAUAUAUGGAAAAAUCAUUGCAAAUGCUAAUAUAAAUAAUGAAUCAAAACAAGUUAUUGAUAAAGAAAGUAUUAAAACUAUUGAUUCAAUCGAAGAUAGAAAAAUAUCAAAGAUCAAGCAAGAUGUAUCUGGAAAAAUCAUUGCAAAUGUCAAUAUAGAUGAAUUAAAAACAGUUAUUAAUAAUGAAAGUAUUAAAAUUAUUGAUUCAAUUGAAGAUAAAAAAGAAUUGAAAGUCAGGCAAGUCAUAUUUGCAGAAACCAUUGCAAAUGCCAAUAUAAGUAACAAAUCAAAAGAAAUUAUUGAUAACAAAAAUAUUAAAACUAUUGAUUUAGUUGAAGAUAGAAAAGAAUUAAAAUUCAGACAAGAUGUAUUUACAGAAACUAUUGCAAAUAUCAAUAUAGAUAAUGAAUCAAAAAAAAUUAUUGAUAAUGAAAAUAUCAAAACUAUUGAUUCAGUUGAAAGUAAAAAAGGCUUAAAAUCUGGACAAGAUGUAUUUGAAGAAACUAUUAGAAAUGUCAAUACAACUAAUGAAUCAAAAGAAAUUAUUGACAAUAAAAGUACUAAAACUAUUGAUUCAGUAUUGAAGAUCAAGCAAGAUAUGUCCGAAUCAAUACAUCUUGCUAUUGCAAAUGUCAAUAUAAAUAAUGAAUUAAAAGAAGUUUCUAGCAAUGAAACUAUUAAUUCAAUUGAAAGUCUAAUAAAUAUGGAAAUUGAAAACAAUGAAUUACAAAUUAUUCAAAUAAAGAAAAACAAUAUAUCUCAAGAAAAAUUAAUUAAUACUGAUAGAGAUAAUAUUAUACCAAACAAACAUAGACUAAGUGUUAUACAAAGCAAUGAUAGAUCAAACAUAGAUAUACCUCAAAUAACUAAGGAAAUAGAAAGUAAUGCUUCUUUAAAAAAAGUAGAAAUAAAAACUGGUAAUACAACAUUAUCUUCUGAUAUUUUUUGUUCGACAAAUGAUACAAUAAAUAUAAUUGAAGAUUUUUCAGAACUUCAAAAUUGUAAUUUAAAUAUAAAAGAUUUUAAUGAUCUUCUUUAUAUGGAUAUUACUGAAACUUGUCAAAUCACAUCAAAUGGAAAUGUUCUUAGCAUUCAAGAAACUAUUGAAGAAGUUAUGAAUAAAAAUAUUGAUGAAAAUUCAAAUUUAAAUAAUUUAUCCGAAACACAAAUAGAUUGUAAUCAAGAUGUUAAAAAAACAAUAUCAAAUUGUAUUGAAGAAAAUAACAAUAAAGAUUUAAAUAAAAUGCAAUCUUCUAAUACAAAUACAAAUGAUAGAAUUAUUUCUAUAAAUAAUAUGUAUAAUGUACCAAAAAAGGAAAAUGAAUUACCAGUGGCAGAAUUCAAAUUAAAUAUUUUAGAAAAGAAAAACAUUCAAUCCAAUAAUCUAUCUCAGGGUAGAUUAAGAGUUUUAUCAAGUGCAGAAUUAGGUUCUAGAUGGUGUCCUACACCUAUAAACACUGUUAUGUCUACUGUUUCUCAAUUUUCACAUUCUACUCCUCAUUUCACAAAUGCAACAACUUUUAAUAAAGUUAAUUUGGAUAAUACUAUUGUUGUUUCAACAUCAAUGACUCAAAUAGUACCUACAACAAUAUCUUCAAUUACUACAUCUGCACUUACAGCAAUUAAUGAAACAACAAUUUCUGAAAAUAUGAGAAAAAAUAAUAUAGAUCACAAAUUUUCAAAAUCUAUUUACUUUAUUUUCGUGAACAUACGUGACUUAAUUCAAAAAAGACGAAUGUGUUUAAAUACUAAUUUGAAUGUUAAUUAUGAUAAGUUAUUAUUUAUAGAAUUCGAAAAGCUAAAAAAAAUAUUGAAUAUAGAAGAUUAUAUUGAUUUAAUUGAUGGAGUUCUAAUUAUACUUAACAAAGAAAUGUUAGUAAUGCCAUUAUUGUCUUUAGGAGAAUUAUUUCAUUAUACGCCACUAAUUGAAUCUUUUUAUAUUCAUUCAUCAAAUAAACGUAAAACUGUAAAUAAUUCUAGUGAAUGUCAAAUUAUAACACCUGUAAUUGUUUCAAAUCAAAUAACAUCAAAUCAAAAUAGAUAUUCUAAUCCACAAGUAUCACAGAAUGCAUGUGUUACAUCUAUGCAUUCUACAUUACAACAUGUAUUUCCUGUUAAUCAAAAUCAAACAUCUACAAAUGUUACUUUAAAACAAUCUUAUCAGAAUUCUCAAGGAAAAAUCAUUUUGCAAUCACAAAACAAUUCAUUUCAAAAUAAUAUGCCAAUAAAUUCUACUGCUAUUAAUAAUCAUAAUAUACAUCAACAUAAUUAUAACAUGCAAAUGCACAAAAUUAGUCAACAAAAAAUUCCAAAUUCUUAUUUUGUUCAACAGAAACCAGUUACAAAUAUAUAUACCAUGCAAAAUCUUCCUGUACAACAUUCCUCAUUUUCUUCUAAUAUUAAUCAACCAGGAGACCGACAAAUUUCUCUAUCAAAUUCACAAUUUAUAAAUCAACAAUAUGUUCCACAAAAUGUUUUUACAUCACAAAAAAAUACAUUUUAUAAUGUAAAUGUACCAAAUUAUCCUAUACAACAAAAUAGAAACUCGACACAUAUACAGAAUAUAGUUAUGUCUCCUGUAACUCAGCAAUAUCAAAAUCCAAAACAUCAACAAAAUGUUUAUAGUAUAUCACAAGAUAUUCAGCCACAAACUAUUCCACGACAUAUAUCAUCAAAUUAUAAUAUACAACAAUCUGUACAGCCUAUAUUUGCAAUGAAUGUAUCAUAUAAUGAACUUAAACAUCGAAAAAUGCCACAGAAAAUAUCAAUGGAAACUUUACAAAAUCAUAUAUCUGAACAAGUAUCAUCGUCUCAGAAACAGCACAAGAAAACGAAAUCUAUUUCAAAGAAGAAAGAUCUGCAAAUUUCAUUAGAAUCAACAACAAAAUUAUUCAAUGUAUUAAAAUAUAUUUCUGAUAUUCAAAAAAUUAUAUUAUUGAAACAAAUAGAUUUUUAUUUUAGUUGUACUACAUGGUUACAACAACAAUUUACAUCAGGACAAUGGCAAAAAAUUAAUUCACAAAGAUCUUUAUUACUUAAUUUUCAAACACUUUUAAAACAUCUGAUAGAAAAAACUGUAAAAGGUUUUUUACCAGAUAAAUCUCAAGGAAAUAUAUUUGAAACAAAUAUACUCAAAAAUAUUAAAAUUGAUGUUCCAAAAAUGGUACAAAUUGUAGUAAAUGAAAAUGAAGGAAUGUAUUGUCAGAUUGAAGUAUCUAAAGCUUUUCAAGAACAAAAUAAAAUAAUGAAUAUUAAACAAAAUUGUGUGACACAUCAAGAAAAUUUAACACAAAAUCAAUAUGAAAAAGAAUAUGAAGCAACUAAUAAUUUACAAAGUAAGGAAGUUUCAAAUGAAAAACAAAAAUCGGAAAUAUCACAUAAAGAAGUACAAAAUAAAACAUUUGGAAAGAGAAUUCUGAUACAGAAAGACAAUUCUCCAGUUAAGUCAAGUUUACAAAUAUGUGAAACAUCAGAAAUUGUUAUUCAUCAAGAGAAUAAAAUCGAAGAAGAAUCAAAUAAUUCCAAAGAUACAUACAAUUUAAAUAUUAAGGAACAAAAUUUAAGAGUACCAGGAAAAAUAAUCGAAAAUAUUUCUCAAAUAAUUGAAGAAAAAACAUCAGUAUUAUCAAAUAUGAAACUGCCUAACAAUGAUAUUCUGCAAUUAAAUCAACAUUUAGUUACUGUUGAAAUAUCUUCCAAUAAUGAUCAAGUAACUGUUAUUGAUACUAAUGCUAGUAAUGAAAGUAAAUCAAAGAAUGAAGAAUCUACAGAAUAUGAAGAACUUCAAAAUAAACUUCAAAAAGAACUUCAUAUUUCAUCAUCAUCUUUAGAAAAUACAAAUUACAAUAUAUUAGCAAUAUCUUCACCAAAAGUUGUAAAUAAUAUGAAAGAUUUUGAUAAUGAAGAUUUGGAUAAUUCUUCAUUGGAAGAAACUAUUACAUCUCACAUUGAAGAUAUUAGAAGUAUUUCAUUAGAAACAUUUGAAAAGAUGGAAGAAACUAAUAAUAUUAUAAGUACAACAGAUGGAAAUAUUGAAGAGGAAGAAAUUAAAAUAUGCUUAUUUUGUGGAAAACCUAGUACUGUAGCAUGUUCCAUUUGUUUAGAAGCUAAGUAUUGUUCUAAAGAAUGUUUCGAACAACAUUGGGAAGAUCAUUAUAAAGACUGUACACCUGUAAAAAAAAGAGUAUAUAAUUGAAAUUUAGAAUAAUUAUUUUGUUAUUUUAUUCAUCUUUUAUAACAAAAAGUAUUCAAACUAUAACUAUAAUUUUGUUAUAUCAAACAAAAUAUAUUGUUAAU